AUGGACCACUUUCCGACAAACUGGGGCAGGCCUAGAAACGAUGCCUUUGACGCGUACGGGACGUACCCUAUCCACCAACGACCGCAGAACGGGCCCAAAGAUGCGUUUGUAGAUGGUGUUCAGCGUACUCAACAACCCAUCGUAACAGGAACGAGCGUGCUCGCUAUCAAGUUCAAAGACGGAAUCAUGAUGGCAGCGGACACCCUCGCAUCCUACGGCUCCCUCGCCCGCUUCAAAGAUGUCCAGCGCCUGUUCCCUGUGGGCGACAACACCGUUAUCGGUGCAGGCGGGGACAUGUCCGACUUCCAAUACAUCCAGACACUGCUCGACGGGCUCACGAUCGACGAGUUCACAGCGCAGGAUGGGCACACGCUUGGGCCCGCUGAGAUCCACGAGUACCUCGCGCAGGUGAUGUAUGCGCGCAGGAGCAAGAUGAACCCCCUCUGGAAUGCGCUGCUUGUGGGGGGUGUGAAGGACGGGAAGAAGUUUUUGGCGUUUGUUGACCUGUUGGGCACGACGUACUCGGCGUCGACGCUCGCGACGGGGUAUGGAGCACAUAUCGCGCAGCCCCUCCUGAGGAAGGCGGUUGAGGGAUAUGAGAACGUGUUGACGGAGGAGCAGGCACUCAAGAUCAUCGAGACGAACAUGAAGGUACUGUUCUAUCGCGAUGCGAGGAGUUUGAAUAAAUACCAAGUAGCUAUCAUCACUGAACAAGGCGUCAGGAUUUCGGAAUCCAAGACCCUCGACACUCACUGGUCGUUCGCAGAGGGUAUUAGGGGGUACGGAGCGCAGACGCAGUGA